CCUGGUUUGUUUUUUUUGGGAAAGAAAAAAUCCAUAGUGCUUCAUGGAUCAUAGUGAAAUCAAUUUGUGUGCACUGGAUCUUCAAACACAGUUCAAAGUUUCAAACACCCAACAAAUAAAUAGCUUUGCUAAACAACAAAAUGAGAUGAGGACAUUCUUCAUAAUGCUUUUACAAAAAAUAUUUUGUUGACUAUACUUUGAAAUCACGGCCAUCACUACUAUUACUGCAAGCUAGCUUUUUACUUACAGCUUCUGUCUACUUUCCUGAGCUGUUAGCAGAGAUUUUUUUGUGGAAAAGGUCAGUUGACUAUUGAUCUGAUCUUCCGAAAUAAAUUCUCCUUUAAGCUGCACUUAAUGGUUACAUUUGCAAGAAUGAAACGAAGCCGACGAAGAGCUCCCGGAGGCAUCACCGUCAGUGGGAACAAUAAUAAGCGGAACGAGUGUUCUUGGAAGUGCAGCGUAGAGACAGCCAUCGCGGUUACACCAAAACAUAUCCGGUAAAGAACGUCAUAUUAUGGAGGAAUGUAUUGCUCUGCCGGGAAUAUUUAAUAUCAAGUGCAGUAUGUGACAAGACAAACACGACAGAUGGAUAACAAUGUUGUGGUAGCGGCAUUCGAGGGGAUCGACUGGGGAGAAAGUAGAGCGGAGGACGCGAAGAUUAUGAACACGACGGAAACCCUAUCCAGCAAUGUCCACGCCGGUCUAACUAAUCCAUAUGCAGGUCCCGUGAGGUGUUCUCUGAUAAAAGGAGACUAUCUCUACUUCCAUUACGGCUGCGAUGGACAGGAUGACAGAGGCUGGGGCUGCGGCUACCGCACCGUGCAGACAAUGGCAUCCUGGCUUUGCCGCAGCGGCUCUCCGUUCAGGGACGAACCCAAAGCUCCCCCGCGCAUCGGGGACAUGCAGCGAGCCCUGGUGGCCAUGGGGGACAAACCGGGCUCGUUCUCGGGCUCCAGGGAGUGGAUCGGAACGGUCGAAGCCUCCCUGAUCCUCGACUACUACUACGACGUGCCGUGCAAAGUGGUGCACGUCAGAGGUGGGGGGGGCGAGCUGGAGCAGGUGGCAGUGGAGGAGCUCCACCGGCACUUCUCGGAGCACGGCUGUCCCGUCAUGAUGGGCGGGGACAGGGACAAUUCUUCUAAGGGGAUCCUAGGGGUGUGCACCGGGGACAACGGGAGCUGCUUGCUGGUCGCGGACCCCCACUACCACGGAGGUCCGCUGGAGAAGGGCGAGCUGCAGGAGCGGGGGUGGGUGGCGUGGAAAAGCGUGUCAUCUCUGGACCAGUCUUCGUUUUAUAACCUGUGUUUGCCUCAGACGGCCUCGGACGGCCAGCAAAGCAAGCGACACACCUUCCUGUAAACUACGAGCACAUGUUGCGGUGCGAGGACGAGCAACACACGGUGUCUUGUUGGGACCGACUUUAAUGGAUUGUAAUGCCAUCCUGUGGAUGAAAUCAAUAGCUACAGCCUAUUUGAAGAAUAUAUUGAUCAAAUAACUUGGAAAAUGUUCAACGUUAUGGCUCUUUAUUGUGUGUGUGUGUGUGUGUGUGUAUAUAUAUAAUUAUAGUUUGUAUUCAUUUUCUCUCCAAAUUUGCAAAUUAGCGUCAAUCAUCAACAAGUCUGUAUUUGGAUUUAGAUAGGCCAUGAUUGUUGAAUACUAUGAAUAUCAUUACUUCUGUUCAUACUAAAAAUGUAUUGUAACCUAGCAUUAAGUGGAUUUUGUUUGCCUUCUUUUGACAAGUCAACUUCCAAUUGAAUAUGAAUAUACAUUUAUCAUUCCAGUUUGUCAAACAUAACAAUUUGUAGUUUUUGUUACAUGAUGGUAAACUCAAUGUUUUUCAUUUUUGACGUGUAGACUUAGACAAUUUAGACAGUGAGACCGACUCCAAUUCAUUCCCCAUUUUAUUGUGUACAAUGUAUGUUAUUAGUUCAUAGAAACAACACACUUCAAACUUCAACAAAGAUCACUUUA